GAUAGAGGACGAGAGACUGAAACUUUCUGUGGAGGGAAACCACGACUGAGUUGAAAUACAAGCUAUGUUUUCCUCACAGAGUACCAAAACCGGCAGUUGUAUCAUGUGUUGCCUUCUUGUCCAGCCUAGAAAUAUGGACAUUUCUCCAUUCAUCUCCUCUGAGAGACUGGACCAGAGCUACUCCCAGUGCAGAAAGACUUUCACCCCAAGGCCUGUUCUUCACAGUUCAAGCGUCAAGGAUGCUGAAGAGGCACAGCUAAAGGAAAUGCAGUGGGAAUUCUGGAAAAGAAUCUAUAAGAAAGAGGAGAAGCUGAAGGAGGUAAAAGAGGCUAUGAAAACUCUGAAGAGCUCUGCACAGGCAGCAGUGGAGGACAGUGAGAGGAUCUUUACUGAGCUGAUCCGCUCCAUUGAGAAAAAGCGCUCUGAGGUAACAGAGCUGAUCAGAGCUCAGGAGGAGGCUGAACUGAGUGGAGCUGAAGAACUCCUGGAGCAACUGGAGCAGGAGAUUGCUGAUCUAAAGAGGAGACACACUGAGCUGGAGCAGGUUUCACACACAGAGGAUCACAUCCAUUUCCUCCAGAGUUUCCAGUCUCUCUGUGUCUCUUCUGGAUCUGAGGACUCACCCAGCAUCACUGUACAUCAACAUCUCUCAUUUGAUGGAGUGAGGAAAUCUCUCUCUGAUCUGAAAGAGAGACUAGAGGAAUUCUGCAAGCAGGAAUUCAGUAGAAUCUCUCUGUACAGUGAAAGAAGCUCUGCUGAUGAAGAACAUGAGGGUGAAUCUUUACCUGCCCAGAGUCUUUACAGGUGCAGAAAGAGAAUGGUUUCUUUCUCCACAGAGCUACCAGCUGAAAUGGCUUUACACUCAGAGCUAAAGAGCAGAGAAGAUUUUCUGCAGUAUUUCUGUCGUCUGACUCUGGAUCCCAACACAGUGAAUCAGUACCUCAGCCUAUCUAAGACGAACAGAGUGGUGAUGCACAGUGGGAGAUUCCAGCAUUACUCUGAUCACCCAGAGAGAUUUGACUACUGGUAUCAGGUGUUGAGUAAGGAGAGUGUGAGUGGACGCUGUUACUGGGAGGUUGAGUGGAGCAGUAUUUGGGAGCUGUGCAUAUCAGUGUCAUAUAAAGGGAUCAGCAGGAAAGGACAGAGUAAUGAGUGCUGGUUUGGACACAACAGUCAGUCCUGGAGUCUGCAGUGUUCUCCCUCUUUCUCUUUCUAUCAUAACAACAUUCAGACUGAGCUCUCAGCCUCAUCAUCCUCCAGAAUAGGAGUGUAUGUGGAUCACAGUGCAGGAACUCUGUCCUUCUACAGCGUCUCUGACACAAUGACCCUCCUACACACAGUCCACACCACAUUCACUCAGCCUCUCUAUGCUGGAUUCUGGGUGUGCCCUGGAACUGUGAGGUUGUGUGAUCCAAAAUGAUGUGUAUAUUGUACAUUGGGGUU